GAUACUGUCAAAUUUGACAUUGGCAAGAAACAUGUGCAUUUUGUAAACAUUUUGUUGGUUGGAUGAGCACGGUUGCAAUAGCCAGAAACGAUGCAGUUGUUCGCAAUUAACAGGUAUGACAACGAAAACCAAGAGCGAGAUGACACCAAAGAAAAUGAGAAACUACAAAAACUCUUAAAGAAAGCCGAGAAAAAGAAGCGCAAGCUUGAAAAAGAAAAGGAAGAAUCCAAGGAAGCAGAACCACAAGAAGACGUCGAACCCCCAAAAAAACACCGCGGGGAAGAUGUCGAUUCAAAGCCCACGACCGACACGCCAACAGCCGGCGACGGUGAUAAGGAACCCGCGGAGGCAACUAAACAACCGGAAAAUGAGAGCAAAAGCGAGUUCCAAGUCCUUGGAAUGGACAAAUUCGACAAGAAGGAAGAGGCGAAGAUGGUCCUUCCACCUUGGCUCCGGUUCCCCACAAUUAUUGUUAACGAAAUCGCAUCGGCAUCAGCUGAACUUGAUGAUUACGCCAACAUCCUCUCUCCCGUGCUCAUUAAAAACCUAAAGUCGAAGGAUAUGACGAAGCUGUUCCCCGUGCAGAAAGAAGUGAUCCCUUGGAUUUUGGAUGCCCAUUCGAAGCCAGCUCCAUUCCGUCCUCGAGACAUCUGUAUUUCAGCCCCUACUGGAAGCGGUAAGACACUAGCGUUUGCACUUCCAAUUGUACAAUUAUUGAUGGAUCGCGUGGAGUGUAAGGUCCGGGCGCUGGUCGUUCUCCCAGCCAUAGAAUUGGCGCAGCAGGUCUAUAACGUUUUCAAAACGUUGACAAAAAAUACUGUGCUGAAAGUUGGGCUCCUGUCGACAACGAUGCCGUUCAAGAUGGAGCAGAACUUUAUAGUCGACAAGUUCAAGGAUGAGUACUUCUCGAAACUAGAUAUUGUCGUUACCACUCCGGGUCGUCUAGUCGAGCAUUUGCACUCAACAAAAGGCUUCGUUCUAAAGUCGCUACGUUUCCUCGUAAUCGACGAAGCCGAUCGCAUGAUGGAGCAGAGCCACCACAAUUGGCUGUACCACCUCGAUGAGCACCUCAAAUCCACAGCUGAAUCCUUCAUGACCGGGCGGUCGAUACCACUCUGCUUACACCAACUAGAAACUCAAGCCUGGAGACAACCCCACAAAAUGUUGUUCUCCGCCACGCUCACUCAGGAUCCGGAAAAACUGCAAAAUCUUCGUCUAUUCCAGCCGAAACUUUUCACGUCCAUCGUGAAAUCUGCCGAAGAAUUUGUCAAUCAAUUGAUGAUAAAUGCGUCAAAACAACAGGAAACCACGGAACCGCAAGGCGAUUUCAUCGGAAAAUACACAACACCCGCGGAAUUGUCGGAAUACACUAUUCUCACGCAAAUGCGAUACAAACCGCUCACGCUAUUUGCACUCCUCGAAGAGCAUGGCUGGAAGAAGUUCUUGUGUUUCACAAAUACCACUCAGGCGGCAAAUAGGUUGUCGUAUGUCCUGAAUGAGCUUUCUAAGAAUCUAAAAAUCGCCGAUCUUUCUGCAGCAUUGAAACCCGGAGACCGAAAGAAGGUGCUAAGCGAUUUCUCCAAAGGAAACAUCCAUGGGCUUAUAUGCUCCGAUGCUUUGGCACGCGGUAUCGAUAUUUCGAAUGUCGAUGUCGUAAUUUCCUAUGAAGUCCCCCGUCAUAUCAAAACUUACAUUCAUCGUGUGGGUCGAACAGCACGUGCCGGUAAAAAAGGAACAGCCAUAACAAUCUUAACACACGACGACAAAGAAAGAUUUAAUAAAAUCCUAAAGGCCGGAGAAAAGGAUCAAGUACCCGAGAUGAAAGCAAGUACGGAACUUGAAGAGAAACACGCCAAACGGUACAUGAAGGCUCUGAACUCACUUCAAGCCUGGCUCAAGGAGAUUGACGAGCGAGACGCUGCGAAGAAAUCUAAGGUGCGAACCAACAAAGAGGAAUUGACUAUUAUGGAUCGCUUGCAAAAUGAAAUUGACGAGAAAAUGGAAGAGCAAAUCUCGGCUCCAACAAUUCCAAAAUCUUUAGCACGAAAAGAGAAACAGUUAAAUAGAAGGAUCAGGAAAAAACAUGAGAAAACUGAAUGAGUUGUAAUCAUUAUGGAAUGCAAUAUAAUUUUUCUAAUUAAAUGGGAAA